AACGCACAAUAUUGUCCAUAUUAUUUAUUUUUUAAAUAUUUAAUGGUGCAUUAAAAGUUAGUAUCAAACAAAAUCUAAGUAUAAAGAAAUUCUGAAAUUUUUAUUGUGACAACAAAAAACUUGGCAGAGAUAUUAUCCGAAUUUGAGUACGAUGCAUUACAAUGAGAAUGUUGUUGCUUCAAUUGAGCAAUCGUUGGCGAAUUUAUCCGUUCAAGAGGAAAAUCCCACGUGGAAUGCAAUUGACUACGGAAUGGAAUAUGAAUUGCUGAACCAUGUAAUCUUACCUCGUUUUCUUCCGCAAAUGAGACGUUUCAGUACAUAUCAACAUGGAUUUGAAUUACUCUCACGGAUGACAGAAGUAAUUUCUGCCAACGAAAAAUAUAUACCAGCGAGUAUUAUUCAAACGUUUUGGAAUAUGUACUCCAAUCAUAUCAUAUCAAUUCCGCUAACCGUCUGCGAUAAUAUUAACGCAUUAAAAUCAAAUGAUACAUUUGCAAUGUAUGUAAAAGGUCAAGAUUGCAUGUUCACAGUACACAUGCCACCGAUAGAGGCCGACCAGAUUCCAGAUGAAUCAACACCAGUCAUCGUAGCUACAUUUCAGUAUAAUUUCCACCCGUCGGACAUUAAUGAAACAUUUAAUGAUUUUGAGAUAAACUAUCCUGUCGACGCAUUCAAAGUUAAAUUUUCCAAAUUGCUGCGAUCAAUCGAAUUUGCAAAUCAACUAUGUUAUUUAAAUACUUAUAGUGGUAGGCAAAAGAAUCUCGUAACCGAAUGGUUGGUCGGAACGUUGUGUGACGAAAAUGCCCAAACGGCAGGCCACAAUGAGUUCCCUCCGAUAACAAAGAAGCUGCGAAGUGAAAUUCUAGGCAGGAACAUUGAUGUUGCAUUUCAACGCUCACAUUUCUAUUUAUCAAUGAAAUCAUUCCUGCAACACAAUCUGACAAUUCUGUUGGGUGCCAAAGUUGGAAAAAUUGUUUACAAAAUCAUAAUGCUGCAAUUCAUUGUUAGAAUGUGUAAUGUUUUCAAAUUCCAAGAGAAUUCAACAUUUGAUGUCAGUUUGAUACAACAGAUUAUGGCAAAAAUGUGUCGUCGCAUUGAAAAGCUAUUGCAAUUAAUUGACGACUUGAGCACAAAUCUAAUCGAUGAUUUGGAAGAAAUGAAAGUAAUUGCAAUCGAUGAAACAAAGUCCACAAUCGAAUUUCUUCGAACAAAAAUUGACAUUCAAAUCAAUGAUAUACAAAUAAAUGAUGAGACAAACUUGACUCCAUUAACCGAUUUGAACUUUGAAAAAGAUGCAAUUCAAGCGGUCAAAAAGCUACGUUGUUUUUUAGAACAACGAAAAUCCAUUCAAAAACUGAAUAAUGCAUCGAGUUAUCCACCACGCACAUAUACUCGUUUAAAUUUCAAAGAUCUCCAAUAUUCGGAAUAUCAAAAAUAUUUCAACAAUGUUAUUAAUCAAACAGAGAUUGAUAUCCAAUUGAUUGACUUUGAAAAUUAUAUAUUAUGUGAAAUGAAAUUAAAUGAGAUUCCCAAUGAUCCACGUUAUCAAAAUGAAAUGCGAAAAAUUUACUUUUCAUAUGAUACAAUAGCCAAAAAGAGAUAUUAUAACGAACCACUUGGAACGAGUAAAAUGAUUUUGGUUCAAUUGAAAUUGAUUGCAAUGUUUGAUGUUAUUGCUUGCAAAAGAUGUCCAUUACUAUUGAAUCAUCGUUCUGGAAUCAAUCCGAAUAUUAUCAAAUCAUUAUUGUUGCCACAAUAUAUUGAAAUGAAAGUUGCCGAUGAGCUUGAAGAGUACUUCGCAAAGAGAAACAAAUCGGCCAUCGGUCCCAGUUUGAUUGAAGAACAAACAAUUACUGCAGAAUCAUUUAGUUCAAAUUAUGCAGCCCAAGAUGCUCGUAUGCAAACUGUGAGAAAUAAAAUCCUGGCAGAGCAACAAAGAAAUAUAGACAUACUUAUAGAGAAGUUGGAAUCGGAACGCCAAAAAGUGGCUGACUUAAGAUUAAAAAUGGAAGAUCUGUCUCACAAUCACCAUGACACCACCAUCAACAUCAGAAGGAAAAAAUCUUCUGAUUGUCGGCUUUGUAAUUUAACCAAUGCAUGUAAUCAAUUUCGCGUUAUGCAGUAUGUAAAAGCAAUGCCAAGAAAAGUGUACAAACAAAAUGGUGUGGUUUUUGAAAUAUGUCCACCGCCCGAAAUCAUAAAUUUGAGAGACACUCUAUACAAUUUUGCCAUCUAUUGUAGCGGAAAGCCUGGAGGACCUGUUAGUAGUAUCAGAGCAAAAUGGACGGACUUUGCAGAGAUUUCUAGAUUUUAUGAAAUGAAAAGUUUUCACAUUUACCUUGCUAGUACAAGUUUUGAAACCAAAAGAGCUUAUCACGUAAACAAUUCAAAUGAGACAUUUAUUCUGAAAAAUGGACAUGAUUGCACCUAUGCCUUGUCAAUGCCGGAUGAACCAAUGGCAGAUAAUGCCAUUAAAGAUGUAUGCGCAUUAAAAGUCGAAGCGGGAACAGUCUACGAAGGGCUUCAAUGGAUGGUCAAUUCCACAUCGCACACUGAAAAUGAGGUGCUUGCAACACAAUUCAAAUGCCCAAAUGGUCUUUCACUUGAUGCAUACAAACAUUUUGGAUUUCUUCGUGCCGAUGGACAUCGUUUACAACUACAUAAACUCUACGCUUCAAUUGCAACUGAAGCGUUGCCCUUCGAAGAGCCUUCGGUACAGUCGCUCGUUAUUCAAUCGCUAUGGGAAUAUGGGGAAAAGGGUGAGCAUGAAGGAAGCUCGGUUAGUGAGGCACACGAAGAAUUUAAACACACAAAUUUUGCAUUGUCCAUGAUAAAACUUCUAGACAAAUUCAUAGAUCAACAAAAGAAAAAUUGGGUUCAUCCAUUUAAAUUGCUAAUGACAGUUAUUAUAUCUGCGCGAGUGAUGGAAAUAAAUGACGAAGAAAUAGUUGCCGAUGCAGUCGUUACACUAUUGGAUAAAUUGCGUUUCUUUGCAUUGAAUUGGAUUGAGAAAAUCCAAGAAACGCUUUUUAGUUUCAAAAAUCCAAACGUGACCAAUGAGUAUUCACUUCGGAACAAAUUAGCUUUGGUUGCCAUUUGUGGUGCAUUAACAUUUUCCAUUCAUUCUAGUCACAAAUUUUUCGAGAAAACUUUACAGAAAAAUGCUCAUAAUGGAUUUUCAUCUGCUCGAAUUUGGUUGGAAUUUAUAAUAACAUUAAAUAAUAAUAUGUUAUUACAGGAAAUGAAGUGCUUGUCAAAGCAACCGUUAUUGGAAAGUUAUAUGUCAAUAUUUUUACAUUAUGUUCGACGAAUCGGCAUUCAGAUGGAAUCAACCAUUAAAAAACUGAUUAACGAAAAUGAAUUACUCAGUAUCAUUGAAAAACAAUGGAAAAACGCUGACCGAAGAACAUUUGAAUCGUUUUAUUUUCACCCUACAAGUCCGCAGUUGUGUUGCAUAAAAAUUAAUGAAAAACUCGUGACAAUUGACAUAAUUACUGGUUCAUUUCUGUGUAAUUCAUUGUCAAUAUCUCGACUCCCAAUGAUUAUAUGCGAUUAUUAUCUAUAUCGCCGUGUUUUUGAUCGAUUUAUUUUAGACGUGCAACCUGAAGAUAAUCAAACUUUUACCACCAUUCAAAAAUAUAAUGAACGCAUUUAUAAAUUUUUUUAUAAUUAUAAUGAGGUCAUCAUUACCGAAAUUCGUGAUGAUGGACAUGAAAUGGAACUUGUGCACCCGAGCAUUUUACAAAGCGAAAUACCAUAUUUACUGAUUCAAAAUUAUAGCCAUUGGUGGAAUAAAGAGGAAAAUACUAUUGAUUUCCGACCCGUGUCGUUCCUUCACAAACUGUUCAGCACGGAAGACGGCGUUGAUUAUCGCUUAAACCUAAACGAUAACACAUUGAUCCAUUUAAAAACACAAAAACAAUUAUUGGAUAUUACAAGCCCAAGUUACGUACAAAUUGUUAGCCAUUUGUCACGUUUGGAGUGUCCGCAUUUCAUAAACAUUACAUUAGAAAAUCCGGAUGUUGUCAUCAUUGAAAUAGAUCGCAUGAAUUUAAAGUUCAAAAUUGAUAAGAACAUCGGCUAUGACAUUCUCUCAAAUGAAUUCAGCCGAAUGAGAGUGUCACUUCAGCAAAAUUGUGGAACAUUGUUCGGUCUAAACAAUGGACUCAUUUUAGAGAGUGUUGACACACAACUACCAUUUAAUAAAUUGCUUCUCAUGCCUCACGGAAAAUUGCAAGUUAAACGAACCGAAAAUCAUGUGUGUGUUCACAUCAAUACCAACGAAAUGCUAUCAAAUCCACCAUUUCACUUGUAUCGUUUCGACACCGUUUGCCGUCAAUUAACAGCAAUCAACAAUAACUAUUCGGCGUGGUUGUAUCUAUCCUAUUUACAUGCAAUUACAUCACAUAAUGAAACUGAGCCAUUUACUGGUCUGUCUGGCACAGAGCGUGCUCUGCAAAUUUUACAAUCUGGUUAUGUGUGGUCAUCAACACCAUAUGAUCCUGCAUCGAUUCAAUUGUUGUUCGAUUUCAUGAGACUAGCACCAAAACGCAUUUUGGGCAAUUGUGUGCAAAUGAUAGAAUGGCCUUACUUUAUACCACUGCACGCUGCACAAGACUCAUAUCUCUUCAUUGCUAAAAAGUUAUUGGAAGACAGUCAAAGAUUGCAUCGAUUGCAUUUUGUGGAAAAGAAAAUUGAGUCCAAUUUUGAUACACAUUUGAAAUUGAAUAAACGUGAUUAUUUUCGUCAUAUGGAACUUUGGCCAAAUUUGCGCGUUUCGGAGAUUUUUAUUCCACGGCCAACAUUUCAAAUGUCAUUGCCAACCAAAUUGGGCCGUAAAUGCAAAUCGGAAAAUACACGUAUCAUCUCUAGUUUAUACCACAAAAAAGAGUAUAUGGUUUCACAUAGAUGGAAUAUGUCUAAUUUUUUCCAUCAAGUUUCCAAUCCUAAAUGUCUCGAACUUUUGAAUAAUAUCGCUGACAUUUUGAAUCAUUGUAGUUUUGAAAAAAUGGUUGAUCUGUGGAUUCCUCUGUAUGAGAGCGCUCGCAUUGGUUUUUUCAACGACGAAGAAUUUGUAUUGAUUUGCAGUUUGUUGGCUCACAUGGGUCAACCGAUCGAUGCAAUCUUGGCUUUACAAGCCAUUCACACAAAUAAAAACGAAUUCACUGAAAUAAAAGCACCCGAUACAAUGGAAUUUAAUCUAAAUGAUGAACUCUAUGAUAAAAAUACUAUUUCAUUCAUGUUACAUACAUAUGCUAGAAAAAAUGGCAUUUUCGUAACUGAUGAUGUAACCAGAAUGACUGAAAUAAUUGAUGCAGGUUGGCCAAGUAAUCGAUUUCACAGUGUCGGUGCAAGUGAUGUGAGCCACAUAUUCUCUGGCGCAUUUCCCAAAAUUAAUUUGAAGCUCAAUAGCUGGUAUAAUAAUUUAAGAUUGAAUGAGUUUAUCGCACAAGUGAGUGGCAAACUUGAAUUUCUGGCGCAGUCGAUGACAAACGUUAACAUAGAAAGGUUGCAUGACUACAAUGUAGUUUCAGAAAAGCAUUGGCCAAGAUUUGAGGUUAAUUUUGAAUCGAAAAUGUGGAGAGUUCCGAAUAAUUUCUCGGAUAAUAUAAACGAGGCAGAAAAGAUAUGGAACUUAGAAAUGGAGUCAAAUAAAUCGUCACAAGAAUGGUGGAAUAUUUAUGAGUCCAUUACAAAGCAUCAAAUUGAGAAACAUUUCAUUGAUGCUAAAAUGCAUACGAGACUGGUGCCAAGUUUGGUAUUGCCAAAAAUUUUGUCGCAUAACAUUGACCAUCGAUUGAAAAUGGUGAUUGGAGCACUGGCCAUAACGAUUGCAAAAGAACAACGGGAACAACGCAUCGAAAGAUUGAAAGAUAGACCACAAUCGAAACCGGCAUUUGACAGAGAAAUGGAAAACAAACCAUACAUCAACUGGAAACCAUCCGAAAGGCCGGAGUGGUUGCUCUUUGAAAUUGAACAGAAUUUGACGAUACGGCGUAUCCAAAGCGAAGUCGCCAAACGAAUGAUUGAUCCGCUGCGACAGGAGGCGACAAAACACUCGAUCAUGCAAUUAAAUAUGGGCGAAGGUAAGACCGCCGUUAUCACACCAAUUAUAGCAUCGAUCUUGGCUAAUGGACAACAGGCUUGUCAAAUAACAGUUUUAAAAUCGCUGUUUUCUACAAAUGCAAAGUCUCUACGUCAGUAUCUGGGUGGAAUGUUAAAUCGGAGAAUUUAUACGUUUCCGUGCAGGCGUGAUUUACCGAUUAACGAUCAUCUGACGGAAAUACUUGACAUUUAUAAAGAAUGCAAAGCAGUUAAAGGAAUUAUCGUUUCUCUCCCGGAGUAUCAACUAUCAUUCCAAUUAAAAAUGUACGAAUCGAUUCAAAGCCAUGAUUAUGGAUUGGCCGAAAAGUAUUUAUCGGUACAAAGUUGGUUGAACUCAAAUAUACGAGGCAUUUUGGAUGAAUCGGAUGCCAUAUUAAAACCAAAAUAUCAACUUGUUUACACCGUUGGUAAUCAAUUACCCUUAGACGGUGGUGUUCCAAGAUGGCUUAUAAUUCAAUCCGUUUUAAAAUGUGUACCCUACCACAUGGCUCGACUCUAUAAAAAGCACGGACCCGAUAGUAUUGAGUAUGAUGAAAAUUAUGUACGAAAUAAUCAUGUAUUUGGAGCUUUAAAAACUAUUCGUAAUCGCUCCGACAUUUUCAAUCCAUGCCGCAUUUUGAAAGAGUCAGUUUUUGAAGAGCUCAAAGAGGCCAUUUUGGAUGACCUCUUUGCUGAUAAAUUGGACAUUACUUGGCCCGAAGUGAACACAGAAACAAAACACUUGAUCAAACGUUUCUUAAGUCAAUGCGAUGCACCGUUCGAAGUAAUUUGUAAAGAUCUUUCGAAAGAUGUUCAAAAUACCAUUCUUAUCCUCUGUGGUUUGUUGCAAUUCGGCGUAUUGAGAUUUAUGCUCGUGAAACGUUGGCGUGUAAAUUAUGGUGUCAAUAAAAAUGGUCUACGCAAAAUGGCAAUACCUUUCCGUGCAAAAGAUGUUGCGGCCGAAAAUACUGAAUUUGGUCACAGUGACAUUGCAAUCGGUUUGACACAAUUAAGCUAUUAUUAUUCAGGGCUGAGCGAUGAUCAAUUAAAACAAGUGUUUGAAAAUUUGAGUGCUAGUCUAGACACUGUUGAAACUUAUUCGAAAUGGACAAAAGACAUCCCAGUCGAAUUUAUUGAUCCGUCAAUUCGAUCGUAUUCAGGUGUAAACUUAAGCGAUCCACAUCAGCGUGAUAAAGUACUUUUCCCGCUCUUUCGUUUUAACAUGCAUGUCAUCGAUUUUUGGCUAUCGAAAAUCGUUUAUCCACACGAAGCAAAAACAUUUGAAAAUAAACUCAUAUGCACCGCAUGGGAUUUGUGCAAUGAAUUCAUGGUCCAUCCCACAACAGGAUUUUCUGGUACAAGCGAUACGAAGAAUGUUUUACCGUUGCCUGUUGCCCAAAACGAUCUUGAAGAAUUGGAGAAUACAAAUGAAAAUGUUCGUGAAACUUUGCUGCGCCAUGAAAAUCAAUGUUACAAAAAUUUGCCAGCAAAUGUAAGUGCGCGGGAGAUACUUAAAAAUUUAGUUGCCUCCAAAAUUCCUGUGCUUUUGGAUUCAGGUGCGCUGAUGUUGGAACUGAAUAACAAACAAGUGGCCCAAGAAUGGUUAAAAUAUGCCACGAAUCAGUCAUAUGAUGCAGGAGUUUAUUUUGAUGAAAAAGAUGUAUUGCAAACGAUAGAUCGCAACAAUGUGGUCGCUGAAUUCGACUGUUCCGUAUAUCGAGAGAAUUUGGAUCGAUGCCUGAUUUAUUUGGACGAUACACAUACUCGAGGAACAGAUUUGAAAUUUCCAUUGGGUUUAAAGGCAUGUGUUACUCUGUCUGGCGAAAUAACUCGCGAUAAAACUGUACAAGCAUGCAUGCGUAUGCGUCAACUCGGAAAGGGUCAUUCGAUUGAAUUUUGGGCUUCGUUCGAAGCCGAUUUACGUAUACGUGAAGUAUGCAAUCUAUCACGAAACGAUCACAUUCGAAAUGAAGAUGUAAUCACGUUUAUCUGUCACAACAGUAAGCAUUUUGAAAUGGAAAACAUUGUACACUGGUCUGCGGGUGCUUAUAAUUAUACAAAGAAAAUUGCUGCAUACAUGUUGUAUGAGAGUUUAAGUGAUAUGCUCGAUCUAUACAAUGGAUGUAACGAAAAAGAAUUUGUCACCCUUCGUGCGAUGUAUAGCGAUAGAAAAGAACAAUCGCUUUCAGAUAUUGUAUCUUCCAAAUUCAACCAUUUACAAACAAAGUAUGGAAGUAGAGAAAAUAUUCACGACUACAUAGCAGACAAGUAUUUGGCUGUAAAUAAGAAAAUAUCUGAAGAUGCUUCGAAUGUAAAACGCUUUGCUUUUGUAUUGGACGAGGAGCAAGAAAAGGAAAUUGAAUACGAACCGGAAACCGAACGACAAAUCGAACGACCACCAGCUGUAGAUGCCAUUAAACCUAUAUUCAAUGAAAAUUUAACAUUAUUAAUUUUAAAUGGUUUAAAUACGGAGACCAGUUCAAUCGCAGAAGAAAUUCUAUUUUCUCUGGACAAAGGUCUACUUAAAACCAAAUUAUACCAAGAUUUUGCACAAGAUGAACCAUGGUCCAGUCACAUAUCAGUUACGAAUGACUUUAUUAAAGUGCUUAGAGACGAUUCAUCAAUUGAAUUUGAUGAAUUUCUCCGGCCGGUGUCAUGGAUUGCUCGCAUCGAUAUGGACAACGGCGCAUAUCGUUUGGUUUUAUUAAGCUCUUUUGAAUGCCAUCAUCUUUUGCCAUACUUUCGAAGAAGCCACAAAUCGACGUUAUACAUGUAUCGUCCCCGUUUAUGUAACCUUCACAGUGAUUUGUUAGAUAAUCAUGAUUUACGCAUUUCGGCUCGAACCGAAACCGUUGACAUUGAUGAAAAUGACUCGGCCCAAAUAGCAGUGUUCUCUGGAUCCAUGUAUUUCAGAAAUGAAACAGAACAAAAUGCAUACUGUCACUUCCUAGGCUUGAUACCACGACCGAGGACUAGCGAACAAAAUGAUGCAUUUGAAAAAGACAUAAUCAAACCAAAUGGAUUUGUACCACCAGAGCAUCGUCAACUCGAAUCGACAAUUGAAUAUGUUGGUCAAUGCAAAUUUAAAGAAAAUCCCGUCAAUGUUGCCAAAAGUUUAAUUGAAGCGCAUAAUGGAUUUUUACGGAAAGAAUCACAUGCAGCUUUCAUAUUGGGACGAGGAACGAAACAGACAAUUCAAGAUCAAAUACUUGUCGAUCAAAUGGCCAGAAUUGAUUUAGAUGACUGGAUGUUUUUUUAAUAAGACCCAUGCGUACGUUAUUUUAAGUAGUCUAAUAGCAUUAAAUUUUAACACACUGAAAUCAUGUGCCAAAAGAAAUUGUAUAAAAUGCCAAACAGUAGUGCAGCAAGCGCCACAACCGACAACAGACAACUGUGGAGUUAUAGUCAGUUGUUUGCAAUUGAGCAAAAGUCUUUUCACUAGUUAGCGGCAAUUUAGUAUAGAUUAUACUGAAUUCUAUCUUGGCACUAGUAGUGUGACAGUUUGUGCAUAAUUUCGGUACGAAUUUCAACAACCCAACUACCUCUCUUAAUACCUCAUUACCUCUUAAGAUAUAGAAAAAUAUGUUUGUUGUCUGUAGAAUAACUUUAUAGAAUCUUUUGAAUACCUACAUAUAUAGUUUCAGUUGAAACAGAUUGAAUAUUUGGAUAUUAAUGUAUGGAUUUGUGCUUCAAAAUAUAAAAAUAAAAAAAUAUUGCAUCUAUUGACGCAAAUUUUA